AUGACACGAACCGACCGCGUGUUCCAGCUCGUCGGAAGCUGCAACAACUACCCCUGGGGCAAGCAGGGCGAGAAAUCACUUGCCGUCCAACUCCACAAGAAGACCGACCCCAAUUUUGAAAUUAAGAACGACGAAUUCUACUCUGAGCUCUGGUUCGGGGAUUAUCCAGACUUUCCUGCUCGAGUGCUGGAAACAGGCGAGCUUCUCCAGGAUGUCCUCCAGAAGCACAAGGACGAACUCCUCGGCAAGAAGGUUAUCGAGGAGCUAGGUGGACAGCUGCCUUUUCUGCCCAAAAUUCUCUCCAUCGCCAAAGCCUUACCUCUUCAGAUUCACCCCAACAAGGAGCUCGCCGCCAAGCUUCAUAAAGAAGAUCCAGAGAACUUCACCGAUCCGAACCACAAGCCCGAGAUUGCAGUGGCGCUUUCCAAGUUCGAGGUCUUUGCUGGGUGGAAGCCGCUGGAGGAGGUUCAGUUACUUUUCAAGCGCCUCGGGGUCCUGCGCCAAUUUGUCCCUGCUGGCAUCGAAGACUGGUCGGAGUUGACCCUCCGCGAAGUCACCCGGUCCCUUCUCCAGGCCGAUGAGAAGACCGUCAAGUCCGUUGAGGAAGCCUUGGCCAAGGCAUCCAAGGAAGAGCUUGGCAAGCAGACAUACAUCCUCGAUUUGCUGCCUCGUCUCCAAGACCAGUAUGGCGCUACUGAUAACGGAUCUCUGGUUGCGUUACUCUGCAUGAACUUCCUCGUGUUGGACGCGGGUGACGCGAUUUACAUUCCGGCAGACGGCAUCCACGCCUACUUGAGUGGUGAUAUUGUCGAGUGCAUGGCUCGCAGCAACAAUGUCCUCAACGCUGGCUUCUGUCCUCCGGCGGAUCGCAACAAUAUCGACAUGUUUGCCGACACGCUCACAUUCAAGCCAAGCACGAGAUCAAAAGACAGCGUCAUCCUGCCGUCGCAGGACCAAGGAAAGGUCAAGAUCUACAAGCCACCGAUGAGCGAGUUCGACAUGCUCAGGCUCAGCCUGUUCCAGGGAGAGGGAGAAGACAUUGAGGCGCACCGAGGGCCGGGUGUUAUGAUUAUCACACACGGCAACGGAACAAUGCUAGCGGACGGCAAGACGUUUAGACUGAAGGAAGGGUCGAUUUUCUUUGUCGCACCGGGGGUGAAGGUUCGGAUCGAUAGUCCUGGUGGAUUGGAGGCGCAUAUGGCUGUUGUUGCUUGA